UUUAGUAAAAAGGUCAGUGUUAGCAUUACAUCAUAUUAAACAAUAAACGAAUUAGUAAAUAUCGAAACAUAUUAUUAUACACUUAGACUUCUCUAUUGUAACCAAACUAGCCUCAAAAAUGUCUGAUGAAACAGAUUUUAACAAAACAAUUAAAACCGAACCGUUCGAUGAUUAUCCUCAAGUGAAACAGGAAUUUGAUGAUUGUGAAAAUACAUCAGAUUUGUAUAUGGAUGAUGAUAUAUGUCUGCAGCAAUUUCUUAAAUCUGAGGUUACAAUUGACGAAGAAAUAAAACAAGAGACGAUUGACGACCAAAAUGAUGUGACUAGUACAAACAAAACUGUUUUAGAUGAAAAUUCUUCCAUGUGUAACGACGAGAUCAGUGAAUCAAGUAUGAUAGUUGAUAGUACGAACAAAUCAAUUGAAAAAGUUUCAGGAAAACGUAAGACAACUAGUAAGUUGAAAUAUAAAUGUAAAUCAUGCAGUAAAACAUUCACAGCAAAACAAGGCUUACAACGACAUGAAAUGAUUCACACUGGGGAACGCCCUUAUGAGUGCAAAAUAUGCAAUAAAACAUUUUUGCAGUUAAGUACUUUAAGAAACCAUUUAACAGUCCAUACUGGAGAACGUCCUUAUGCAUGUGAAAUAUGUAAUAAAACAUUCAAAAUGAAAAAAUUUUUAAAACGACAUAAAGUGGUCCAUUCUGCAGAACGCUCUCAUGAGUGCAAAAUAUGCAAUAAAACAUUCAAAACAAAACAAACAUUAAUUCAACAUAAAAUAGUACAUACUGAAGAACGACCUUAUGCAUGUGAAAUAUGUAACAAAACAUUCAAAUUGAAAAAAAUGUUAAAACAACAUAAAGUGCUCCAUUGUGGAGAACGCUCUCAUGAAUGCAAAAUAUGCAAUAAAACAUUUUCACAUUCAGGUAAUUUAAGACAGCAUUUAUCAGUGCAUAGUGAAGAACGACCUUACACAUGUGAAAUAUGUAAUAAAACAUUCAAAAUGAAACAAAUUUUAAAACAACAUAAAAUGAUUCACACUGAAAAAAGUCCUCAUGAGUGCAAAAUAUGCAAUAAAAGAUUUUCAAUGAUAGGUUCUUUAAUACGGCAUUCAUUAGUGCAUACUGAAGAACGACCUUAUCGAUAUAAAAUGAUUCACACUGAAAAAAGUCCUCAUGAGUGCAAAAUAUGCAAUAAAAGAUUUUCAAUGAUAGGUUCUUUAAUACGGCAUUCAUUAGUGCAUACUGAAGAACGACCUUAUGAGUGCAAAAUAUGCAAUAAAAGAUUUUCACAGGCAGGUAAUUUAAGAAAGCAUUUAUCACUGCAUAUUGAAGAACGACCUUAUGAAUGCAAGACAUGCAAUAAGACAUUCAAAACUAAACAUUUAUUAAGGCAACAUGAAAGAAGACAUACUAGGAAACAAACUGUUAAAAAACAGUCAACAAAACUGUUGAAUCAGUCUAGAAACUGUCCUACCUAA